GGGCGCGCGUGUAUAUAGGAUGUGCCGCCGCUGCAUGGCUCUGUCCGCCGGCGGCCGCGCCAGCUGCCUGCUCGCCGCCCCUGCGCGCCGGUGACUCCCUCGCCCGGCUGCGGCAGCCCACUCCCCGGUGCUUCCUCCUCCUCCUCCUCCUCCUCCUCCCCCCCCCCCGGGGCUGCCCUCCUGCGGGCAGCCUCCAUGCGCUGCCCAUGGCCGGGGCACAGCCAGGCGUCCACGCGCUGCAGCUCAAACCCGUCUGCGUCUCCGACCUCCUGAAGAAAGGCACCAAAUUUGUCAAGUGGGACGAUGAUUCCACUGUUGUGACUCCAAUUCUUCUCAGAACAGAUCCACAUGGAUUUUUCUUUUACUGGACAGAUCAAAAUAAGGAGACAGAGCUGCUAGAUCUCAGCUUCGUCAGAGAUGCCAGAUGUGGGAAACAUGCCAGAGCUCCCAAGGAUCCAAAAUUGCGUGAACUGUUGGAUGCUGGGAACCUAGGAGGUCGGCUGGAGAAUCGAAUGAUAACUGUUGUCUAUGGUCCAGAUCUGGUCAACAUAUCGUACUUGAACUUAGUGGCAUUUCAAGAGGAAAUAGCAAAGGAAUGGACGGACAAAGUUUUCAGUUUGGCAACAAACCUGCUGGCACACAACAUGUCAAGGGAUGCAUUUCUGGAAAAAGCUUACACAAAACUGAAGCUGCAAGUCACUCCAGAAGGACGUAUUCCUCUGAAGAGCAUAUACCGCUUGUUUUCCGCUGACAGAAAGCGAGUAGAGACUGCAUUAGAAGCUUGUAGCCUUCCAUCUGCCAGGAAUGAUUCAAUCCCUCAAGAGGACUUCACCCCAGAAGCAUACAGAGUAUUCUUAAACAAUCUCUGCCCUCGGCCUGAAAUUGACCACAUCUUUUCUGAGUUCGGUGCCAAGAGCAGACCAUACCUUACUGUUGAUCAGAUGAUGGAGUUUAUAAAUUAUAAGCAACGUGAUCCACGGUUAAAUGAAAUCCUUUAUCCGCCAAUGAAACAGGAGCAAGUUCAACAACUGAUUGAGAAGUAUGAACCCAAUAAUACUCUAGCAAAGAAAGGACAGAUAUCGGUGGAUGGAUUUAUGCGAUACCUGGGUGGAGAAGAGAAUGGCGUUGUUCCACCUGAGAAACUGGAUUUGAAUGAAGACAUGUCUCAGCCAUUGUCUCACUAUUUGAUCAAUUCCUCACACAACACCUACCUCACAGCUGGACAGCUGGCUGGUAACUCCUCAGUAGAGAUGUAUCGCCAAGUGCUCUUGUCAGGCUGCCGCUGUGUGGAGCUGGACUGCUGGAAGGGACGAACAGCAGAAGAAGAGCCCGUCAUUACACAUGGAUUCACCAUGACAACGGAAAUAUCCUUCAAGGAAGUAAUAGAAGCUAUUGCUGAGUGUGCAUUUAAGACAUCGCCUUUUCCGAUCCUCCUUUCCUUUGAAAACCAUGUGGAUUCCCCUAAGCAGCAAGCCAAAAUGGCAGAAUAUUGCAGAUUAAUUUUUGGAGAUGCACUGCUCAUGGAUCCACUGGAAAAAUACCCACUUGAAAGUGGCAUUCCCCUUCCAAGCCCUAUGGACUUAAUGUACAAAAUUCUGGUGAAGAAUAAAAAGAAAUCACAAAAGUCUGCCGACGGAAGUUCAAAAAAGAAGCUCUCUGAGCAAGCUUCCAACACGUGCAGUGAUACAUCCAGUGGGUUUGAACCCUCAUCUCCUGGAGCAGGAGAAGCAGAGAUCGAGAGUGACGAUGACGAUGACUAUGAUGAUGACUGCAAAAAAUCGUCAACAGAUGAAGGCACUGCUGGCAGUGAAGCCAUGGCCACGGAAGAAAUGUCUAACCUGGUGAACUACAUACAGCCAGUGAAGUUUGAGUCAUUUGAGAUAUCAAAAAAACGCAACAGGAGUUUUGAAAUGUCUUCCUUUGUGGAAACCAAAGGGCUUGAGCAACUCACAAAGUCUCCAGUGGAGUUCGUGGAAUAUAACAAAAGGCAGCUUAGCCGGAUUUAUCCAAAGGGAACACGUGUAGAUUCCUCAAACUACAUGCCGCAAGUCUUCUGGAAUGCUGGCUGUCAGUUGGUUGCUCUUAACUUCCAAACUGUAGAUUUGUCUAUGCAAAUAAACAUGGGGAUGUAUGAAUACAAUGGCAAAAGUGGUUACAGGCUAAAGCCAGAGUUUAUGAGAAGACCAGACAAACAUUUUGACCCAUUUACUGAAAGUAUUGUGGAUGGAAUCGUAGCCAACACAUUGUCUGUGAAGAUAAUUUCAGGUCAGUUUCUUUCGGAUAAAAAAGUUGGUACUUAUGUAGAAGUAGACAUGUUUGGCCUGCCUGUGGAUACAAGACGAAAAGCUUUAAAGACAAAGACCUCUCAAGGCAAUGCUGUAAAUCCUGUAUGGGAAGAAGAACCCAUAGUAUUUAAGAAGGUGGUUCUGCCUUCUCUGGCAUGUUUGAGGAUAGCAGUAUAUGAAGAAGGAGGAAAGUUUAUCGGACAUCGGAUAUUGCCUGUCUCAGCAAUUCGACCAGGCUAUCACUACAUCUGUCUGAGGAAUGAGCGGAACCAACCUUUAAUGCUGCCAGCAGUCUUUGUGUACAUAGACGUUAAAGACUACGUACCCGAUACUUAUGCAGAUGUGAUUGAAGCAUUAUCCAAUCCAAUUAGAUACGUAAACUUGAUGGAACAAAGAGCUAAACAGCUGGCAGCACUCACACUGGAGGAUGAAGAAGAGGUAAAGAAAGAGGUUGAUCAGGGGGAUGCACCAUCAGAAGAUAAAAGCGAGCCCAGACCAACUCCAGCAGAAAAUGGACUAAGUCACUCCACUUCUCUGACAAUGAAGCCAGCAACUCAGGUUGUCCAUAGCCAACCAGUCCCGGGUUCUGUGAAAGCACCUGCAAAAACAGAAGAUCUUAUUCAGAGUGUCCUAACAGAAGUGGAAGCACAGACCAUUGAGGAGCUAAAACAACAGAAGUCAUUUGUUAAACUUCAGAAGAAGCACUACAAAGAAAUGAAGGACCUUGUAAAGAAACACCACAAGAAAACCACUGAUCUGAUCAAAGAGCACACUGCAAAAUACAACGAAAUUCAGAACGACUACCUGCGACGCAGGGCAGUCUUAGAGAAAACCACAAAAAGGGAUACUAAGAAAAGAUGUGAAACUGGCAGCCCGGAUCACAGUUCAACUAUUGAACAAGAACUGGCUGCCCUUGACUCAGAAAUGACCCAGAAGUUAAUAGAACUGAAGGAAAAGCAACAACAGCAGCUGCUCAAUCUCCGACAAGAACAGUAUUAUAGUGAAAAGUAUCAGAAGCGAGAACAUAUUAAGCUGCUCAUUCAGAAGCUGACAGAUGUGGCAGAGGAAUGUCAGAGCAGCCAGUUAAAGAAACUGAAAGAGACUUGUGAAAAAUUUAUCUUUAUUUCUCUUUCCUGUAGAGAAAAGAAAGAGUUAAAGAAGAAAAUGGACAAGAAGAGGCAGGAGAAGAUCACAGAAGCUAAGUCCAGGGAUAAAAAUCAAGUGGAUGAAGAGAAGACAGAAAUGAUUCGAUCGUAUAUCCAGGAAGUGGUGCAGUACAUAAAGAGGCUAGAAGAUGCUCAGAGUAAAAGACAGGAGAAACUCGUAGAAAAACACAAGGAGAUUCGUCAGCAAAUACUGGAUGAAAAGCCCAAGACAAUCCUGUUCGCUGACUGGGACUCCAUAGCAAGCGAGCACUCUGUGUUACAAGGUGAACUUGAUCAGGAAUAUCAAGACAAAUUCAAAAGGCUCCCUCUGGAAAUUCUGGAGUUUGUACAGGAUGCCAUGAAAGGGAAAAUCAGUGAAGACGGAGACCACAGUUCUGCCACUUCCUCCCUGACAUCUGACAGUGGAAAACUGAACCAUAACCCUCUGCAAAAUGAAGAGGAAACGGAAGAAAAUAAUCCAGAUAAAGUGUUCGAUACCCCUUUUUAACUACCCAGGGCAGCCCACAAGCAACAGUUAUUGUGCCAGGGCAUGCCACUCCCAUGCUGCCCAUUCUCUGGUUUCCUGUUGUGAGCUGCCAUUGAAAAGCUUCUGAAUGCAGGAGGCAUCUGUAUUGAAGUUCACAUUUUAAAAAGAAACAUUUUAUAAAGAGAUGGUGCAAAGGUCUUCACUCUCAUGCUUCGUUUUUUUUAUUAUACUAAAGCUUAGUGCAGUGAGAGUAGGGAAUGAAUGUGUUAAUACUCCCCCCUCCCCCAAUUUACAAUGGGUAAUUUUCAGGCCUUAUGCACUUUUAAGAUAGUUUAAUGAAGACCAGAGUAUUGUACACAGGCAAAUGUGCACAGAUUUCCUUUUAAAGUGCCAAUGCAAAGCGUCCCAAACUAAUACUGACCUUACGGAAUUGUAUGACGAUACUUAAUCAUUUUUGUUUCCUGCUUUCUAACUGCACCUUGACAGCUGUGUCAUCAUGUUACAUUUGCACUGAAACAUUUGAUCCUUUUUAGCUUUGCAAGCACUGGUGGCUUGCUGUCUUGAUAUUAUGUUUAUCAUGUGGAGAGAAAUAUAUUUGCUGCUGAAAAAAAUCCUUUGUUGGAACUGUGGUGAUUAGAGUAAGUUUAAAACCAAGAGUUGGACUUAGUCUGCUUAGAGAAAGAGAGUGUUUGUAUGUUGUACACUUGUGUGAGUGCAUAUAUGUUUGAGCAUAUACAUACACACACACACAUACAUAUACACACACAGCAUGUAUGUAUUUGCAGUCGGUCUGCUCUCAUGGCAAAAUGAAAAGUUUCAGGGAUACGUGAAUAGAAAACCUUUAUAGAUUGUAACCUCUGGGUUACAGUGAUAUUAAACAAACAUUAAAUCAUAAGAUUCUUUUCGUGUUGUUGGUGUUGUAAAUUGAAGUACAUUUAGCAAAUAAAUUUGAUAUAUAUUUUGCAGACUUGAAAGUAUUGAUUUUAAGUGUCAUAUUUUAAGCUUACUGAAUUUGAUAGGGUUAUAAAAAUGUUUAAAACUACAGGAUUUGAACAUUUAGGAACAUCUUCCAUCAUUUUUAAUUCUGCAGUUCAGUUUUACUAACGUCUGAAGUUUAAAAGCAAAUUUAAAAACCCCACCCCGGUUAUUUCAAAUAUCUGUUAAUCCAUAUAUCCAUACUUUAACAUAAGAACAGUCCAAGCUUAUGUACAGUAUGAUAUGCAUGAGAGAAAUAAACCGCAUAUUUUCAGAAAUCUAUAUAAAAAUAAUUAGUAAGACUUUCUGAAAAUCAGGAUAUUUGAGAAGGGAAAGAAAAAUAUUAUUCUCUGGCAUCCCCUGUUAAAGAGGAUAUAGGGUAUGAUAAUAUAUAUGGCCUGAUUCUCAUUUACACUAAGGCCACUUUAUACUGCUCUCGUCAUGUAAAGGAGUUUUAAAGUGAGCAUAAAUAUAAUUUACUUGUACUUUAAGGCCCCUUUAUAGUACCAGAGCAGUGGGGCCCUUAGUGUAAAUGAGAAACAAGCUCAGAAUGUGUAGAUUUUCAUACUUAGGCCGACGUCCUGCAAACACUCACAUGAGUAACUUUAUACACAUGAAUAAUCCCAUUGGAUUCAGUGAAACUACUCUGUGGAUAAUAAUGCUCGCAUACAUGUUUGCAGGAUUUGGGCCUUAAUUUGUAUUUUUAAAUAAAUAAAUUUAAAUGGUCUAAUAGUAGCAUAGCAAAGCAUUUUAAUAAAUAAUAGCAAUUAAGUUACUUUACGCUUUCCCUCAGGAUUUUAAUAUUUUAAGUAACUUAUUUUAUUUAAAUUUAAGCAAUAAAUACCGAUCAAGCUUAAGUUUUGAGUUAAAUCCUAUAUGUGUAUAUAUAUUAUAAGUUCAAAUCUUAGAAAACAAACAGUAUUUUGAUGGGUUUUUUUUAAACUUAGAGCAGGCAAAAAGAAAAAUUGCACAUUCUUUGGAGAUCAUAUUUUGGAUUAAACUAUUCUGGUUGAUGAUGAUUACACUAACUGAAUGACCAUAAAACUCAAAAGUCUGACUUUCAGCUUGAUUUUAGAAAAAUCAGUCUACUUUUGCACUUUGAAGAUUGGCAUUAAUCAUUCGAUAAAAAUCUAGAAUGGUAAAUUUAAUGCUGCAUUUUAUAAACUAAAAAUUACAUAGGUUGUUGAAAUUAUAGAAAGGAUAUACUAAUAGCAGUGUUCACAACCCUAUUGAAGACUAUUGCAUUAUAGUAAUCAUUGCCUUAGGGUAAAAAUCAUGACUCCACUGAAGUUUAUGGUAACACUUCCAGGGACUUCAGGGUAGCCAGGGGCUUCACCAUUAGUCUUCAAAUAGACUUGGGCAAAUACAAAUUAGCCUUUUAUUUAUAUUUUAAAAAGUGUAUGGUUGGACUAAAUAUAUGAUCAGUUGUAGUCAUUUUACAGUAUGUUUGUAUUUGACCAUUUACUGUACUCCCAUUUUUUAUAUCUGUACAGUGCUAAUUUUUGCAGUUGUAGGGUAGUGUGUAAUACUGUACACCUUGCAUUGUUCAGAUUAUUACAGUGAUACAGAUAUCAUUUAAUAUUAAUAUUACUUGAACUAAAUAAGAUAACGAAAAAAGGGUCUUUAUGAUGUGCAAGUCUUGUGCCUUUUAUGUAUUUGCCUUGUUAUGUGUUGAAUGUGUGGAAAUGCUGUACUGUGGACCUUUCUGUUGUAUAGAAUAGAACUCUCUAUAUUAAACUAGAUUGUACACUUCAAAUAUCUUAACACUACUGAGAAUAGAUUGACUUGGGCAGUAUAAGCAGAAUUUUAAAAGUUCUAAUGAAAUGCCGGACAUUUUGGAUUUAACAUGUUCAUAAUUAUGUUAAUUAAUGCUCAUGUAUUAAUUAUUAUUAUUAUGUAUUCAUUAAAAGAUAACUAAAGGGACAUUGCUUGCCUUUCUUUCAAAUCAGUGUUGCUCUUGUACAUUGUAUUAAUAGUGUCUGUGAUUGAUUGGAUUUUGGUGAUUUGCUUUGAAAAAAAAUAAGAGAAAUAUUUCGGUUAACAUGUACAUAUUUUCGUUUCUCAAUCUAAUUGUUUCAGAUGCAUAAUUCACAUUUUUGUAAGAAUUCUAUGCAAUUUUGUGGCAUGGUGUUUCUUCCAUUUGUAAUUUUAUGUGCUUUCAUCACAGAUCCAAAGGACAAAUAAAAAUUUUCUUAACACAAAA